CACGGAAAGAGCCGAAGAUGUCGGCUCGGUCAUGUGCUCAGCUGUGUCCAAUCACAGCUGAUCACAUGGGACAUCUACACUGAUCAUCAGGGCACUGAUGAUCAGUGUGCCCUCAUGGUCAGUGUGGCCCCAGAAGUGCCACCUGUCAGAGUCCAUCAGUGCCAGCUGAACAGUGCCACGUGCCAGUGCCCAUCAGUGCCACAUAUCAGUGCCUACCAGUGCACAUCAAUGCCACAAAUCAGUGCCCAUCUGAGCUGCCCUUCAGUGUCACCCAUCAGUGCCAGUCAGUACCACCUAUCAAUGCCAAUCAGUGCCACCUAUCAGUGCUGCCAAUCAGUGCCAGUCAGUGUCGCUUAUCAGUGCCAGUCAGUGCGCCUAACAGUGCCAGUCAGUGCCGCCUAACAGUGCCAGUCAGUGCCGCCUAACAGUGCCAUAUAUCCGUGCUAUAUAUCAGUGCUGCCUUUCAGUGACCAUCAGUGAUGCCUGUCAAUGCCCAUCAGUGCCACCUACCAGUGCCUCCUCAUCAGUGCCACCUAUCAGUGUCCAUCAGUGCAUCUUAUCAGUGCCCAUCACUACAGCCUGAUUAGCGUACAUCAGUGAAGGAGAAAAAUCACUUAUUUACAAAAUUUUAUAACAAAAACUAAGAAAAAAACUUUUUUUUUCAAAUUUUUCAGUGGUUUUUGGUUUGUUUAAGAAAAAAUAA